GGACCAAUCACAUUCCUCCGGCGGGAGCGUGGACGUUUCCCUGAACAUGUGCGUGCGUGAUAUUCGGCUUAACCUUCAUUCAUUCACUACUAGAAGCGGCUGAAAAUCAAAGGAGUUCAACAUGGAAGCAGCAAUGGCCAUCACGACCAAAUUCUGCCAGAAGGAGCUGGAGGAGUACGGCGGAUGCGUGGUAUCCAAUCCCACAUCCUGGCAGGAGAAAUGUCAGGAGCUGAAGCUGAGGGUCGCGCACUGCACAUCCUCACACCCGGUGAUCAGGAAGAUCCGCUCAGACUGUGGGAGUGAGUUCUCUGUGUUCGAGCGCUGUCUGCAGGAGAACCAGAGCUCAGCAGAAGCCUGUCAGUCUCACCUCUCACGGUUCCUGACCUGCGUCGAGACCGUCGACCUCUCUGGAGUUGCACACGCUACGCCUCAGCCCUCAUAGACGGGUUCUGUCUGAUGAGGAACACAGGUGAUUUACGCUCAGUACUGGGAAGAAAUGGGUUAUGGAAAAGUCUGAAGAAGUGCCACACACACACACACACACACACACACACACACACACACACACACACACACACACACACACACACACAAAACAAGAACUUAAUAUUUUGCUAACCUUUAGUUUUUCUUAAACUGUAUAAUGUGUUUUUGUUUUCUUCUUUUUUUGUUUGUUGGACGUUUUCACACUAUUUAUGAGAUGAAUCAUUUUUAAAAUGUUUCCAUGAUAUUAAAAACACAGUUGCAAUAAAAAAAUAAUAUAUUUUUAAAA